UCGUUUGUGCAGUACCUAUAAUAGGUAUAGUUAGCGAUAUUUAAAAUUAUUUUUAAUUAUUUUGAGAGAAAUGUCUAACGAAAACGCAUUGGAUUUACACCAUGUCCACCAGAGUUUUCAAAGGAGUCUCAAGGAAGAAGACGACGUUGUUAUCGAAGCUUACAUAGACGGUUACAAUGAAUUAGUGAAGUUUCUUAAUCUGAUAGGAUCAGUAUUCUCAUUUGUAAGCAGUGAUGUCAAAAGUAAAAUUAAAAUAAUGGAGAAGCACAGAGAAGGUGACGAUGCAGUACAUUACGAUUCAUUCAAGAAAAUGAUGACGUAUGAAAAAGAAACAAAGUUAUGUGACAAAAAUGGAUUUGUGUCGGGCUCCAGGACAAUGCUGCGUUUGCAUCGCGGUUUGGACUUCAUACGACUGUUCCUGAAGCGCCUAAGCGAAGCUGACGAAGAUAUGAACACUUGUACAACAUGCCAGGGCUCCUACAACGAGACCCUGGCCAACUUCCAUCCCUGGUACAUUAGGAAGGCAGCUACACUGGCCAUGCAUGCCUUGCCGUCGAGACCUGAUCUAUUGAAAAAGAUCUUCGGUACAGACGAGAGUUUAACAGCAGCACUAGCUAUCUUACCUCAGACGCUCACAUCUUGCGACGAGGUGUACGCUCGCGUUGAAAAACUAUACACCGACUUCGAGUUCCAUGAACUACCAUAAAGUGCCCUAAGGUAUUUAUAGAAAAUUGUUACAUAAAAAACUAUUUUAUGUACAGACGCCAGCAGGUCAAUCUACCCGAAUCUGUCAAAUUUUACCAAUUGAACAUUAACCUUCGACCAUUGUGAUAAGGUUGAAAAUCCACUGAAGAAAUUUGACAGAUUGAGCCAGGUUGUGCUGUCCCCUAUGGUAGUCAAACCAAAGAGGUUACUGCUCAUGAAUUUUUGCAUAAAUGCAGCUUUGUGAUAAGGCUUUAUACUGAGGAAAUAUCUUGCAAUAUAUUCCUUGUUUAAAUAUCCAGUUAUUCCUUAGUCCCAUGUUACAUGCAAAUUAACAUUGUCCGUAUCUUUGCUUGAAUUUGCUCGAAAUUGAAUCGAGCAACUGAUAGCGUUUUAGGCCCCGGAUUUCCGGAGGCCAAAAUAUUUAUUUUAUACUUACUAUCAAGAGCUCUUUAGCACUUCAUUUUUUUUUUCAAAUAAUAUUUGCAACAAAGUCUAGAUCGGAAAAAUCAUCAAACUAUAAUAGUAUACGUUUUUCCAUACUUAGCACAUAUUAAAUUUAUUUUAUUAACGCCUUAAUCAAUUAAAACAAUACUGUUUUCUACUAUCAGCUUUAUCAAUUUGAUGGAGAUUGCUUAUCACUGUUUUGAUAAGAACUCUAUUUUAAUGCAGUGCGUAUUUAAUUAAUCUUGCUUUAAAAACUUGUCAAUUUCUUAUACCUUCUUGUAUUGUAUGUAUAUAUACCUUUGCCCUUUGGAUAUGUCUUUCUGCAGCAAAUAAUUAUUCAGCCUCUUCGGAUAAUUCAUGGGACUUACAAAUUCUUAUCUGAUUAUAAAGUAAAGAAAAAAUAAUUCUAGAAGGCGUUCAUUUUGACAGAUAAGCUUUAUACAUUGCGUUGUGGGCUCCGUUGUAAUGACCAACUUUUCGAACAGAACAAGCGAUGUAUAUUGUCGUUCUGUCAAAAUGUUAGUGCUUACUUAUUUUGAACACGAAAUAAGCGUAAUGUGAUUAUACUUGUCUAUCUCACAAGAGCCAUAUUGUUAUAAUCAAUAGUUGUGUUAAAAUAUGAUCUCAAUUACAACAAGUACACUUAAUACGCAUAAUGAUUUAGUUAUUAAAUAGAGGUACAUCUUUUGUUUACCAGUCUAACUAAAUACUUAACUUUUUUCGGUUUCGUAAUGUGCAGUGUUGCCAGUGUUGUGGUGAUGAUGGCAACACCAAACAAUAAUUCAGUUGGUAAUCUAUGGAACCUGUUUUAUUUUAAAAUGAAAUCACAAUGAAGGCUCUGAGCUAUAAAACAAUGCAUUUUAACUAAAAUGCCUAGUGCUAAUAUUAAUUAAGCUAAGCUUUAAGUAUACAGAUAAUAAAUUAUUUAAUAUUAGUGCUUUGAAAAGAAAUUAAACUAAGAUAUAUCGUGUUAUUUUAUAAUGCUUGAAAUUCCAAACUAAAAUUAAGCCUAAUUUCUUAUAAAAUAUUGCAAUUUCAAUAAUCGACUGAUAAAUGCAGUAUUUUGUAUUUUGACGUAUGUCACAUUUAGUGCUGUCCUUGUCUAAACGCAUUAGGAAAAAAAAUACCUAGGUGUCUAUCAUUAGAGAUUCAAGUAUCGUAAAAAACCCUGAAUAUAAAAUACUGUAGGCAAAUGCAUGUCAGUCGAUUAUUACCUUGCAAUUGCUUUAUUUGAGCGUGCAAUAUUUUUAGAAGCUAAAACAAUUAGUCAAAAAUUUUAAUCGAAAAUUAGAUUUAGAAACUAGCACUGCCAGAACGGCUAGUACCAUUCAUCAUUUAUUAAUAAAUACCUAAGUAAAUGUAUAUAUAUACAUAUAAAAUGUGUCAGUCCACGGUAAAAGGUAUCUUAUGGGGCGUUGACACUUAUGACAUUGUGUUUCUAUAGUUAAACGAUAAAAAAACAUUUUAUCGAAGUAGGCUGAAUAACAACACUUUUUGAUGGUCAAGUUUACAAAAGACAGCCCUCGAAACGCCCGCCCUUCACCACGUCCUAUGAGUUUUUGCUGGAAAUUAGAAAUGGUGCAACCAGCUCCCCAGAAACUCAAUUCUGUAGUUAUGGUUUGAACCGUUUCUAUACAAAAUAUUUUACAAGUAGUCAAAACUUGCACAAUUUCAAUUUCUAAACGACUUAAGCGCCAAAGUCCAUAAGGUAGCUUUUCUCAUAGAAUGACACAAAUGUUUGUAUGUUUGUAUGCGCGCAAUGAGCUCAAUUGUAACGAUUGCUCAUUCAACAAUAUUUGGGUAGCUUUUGAUAACAAUUGUUAUAAAUAUUGUAAAUUAUGCUUAGUUAAAAUCAUGUUUAAUAUACGCCCUAAAUUAAGUACCUACUGUUUAGUUCAAUGUUAGUAGUAAUAAAACUACAUUCUUCAUCCACUUAUUACAGUUUUAAAACUUAGUUUCAGUACUUAUAGUUUUAUCAUGUGUUUGGUGCAUAACCGUUUUUGAAAAUAUAUUAAAGUUAUUACUUUUUAGUAUAAGUGCAUCAGAAGUGUGUAUAUCCACCUUUUUUAUUACUUAUAAAAAUCAUGUAGGUAUGCAUAUUACCUCAAGUAUUUGAAACAGAUGAAUAAACACGACAAACAUGGUUUCGGAAAGUUAAUAAAACCUAUGUAGAAAGUAUACCUAAUGUUCAAUAGUAAUAUCAAUCAAACUAUAAUAAACAAUGAAAUAAAAUGUAGUAUUAUAUUUCCCCAUAUCUUGAUGUCCGUAUUUUAUAAUGUGGCAGCUAACCAAUUUUGUAUUUUAUGACCUAAGAUAAAAAUAGUCAAUAAACCCACAGUGAAUUAUAUUAUCGUGCUUUUUUAGCCAUCAUUAAAUUUAAUUUCGUUAUUCACAUAAUUUCACUUAAUAUUGUUUUUAUUGAGCCAAUGUAAGGUUCCUUUAAAUAUCUUUAUUUUCAACCUAAAUUAAAUAUAGGACUUUUUAUAAAAAUAAAUAAAUGGAAUGCAUAAAAAUUAUCAAGUAAGUGUAAGAUUUCUAUGGAAUUGUAUCUUUAUUAUAAUCAUGCUGUUAACUAUGUGUAAAUUAUUGCUAAUUAUUACACUUAGGGCCAAAAAAAUGGAGCAGAAUGUACGAAUUCUAUAAAUGUUCUCAUCAAGAGGUCACUAUUGGCCCCAAGUGUACAGUGUGCUUCGUACAUUCCCAAAUCAUUCCUUGACGGGAAGCGUUUUUUAUAGUUUUUGUAACAACGAUUUGAUGAAAUAAAGUGUUUUUGCAAGGCA